GCGAUCGUGUAGGAGGGAUUCUGUCGGCCAUAAUCGUAUUAUAUCAUACCCAAAGCUCCUCCGGUGUAGCAAACCCGAUCCGACAAGGUUUUUGUGGCUAGCCGCGAUGGUCGCCGCUAAGCUUAGCGAUCCUGAACAUUGGAUCAACCAUCUACUACAAUGUAAACACCUUCCAGAGCGUCAGAUGAAGGCCCUUUGUGCACGGGUCCGGGACAUCCUUAUGGAAGAAUCCAAUGUGCAUCAAGUGAACUCGCCUGUCACGGUCUGCGGGGAUAUACAUGGCCAGUUCUGGGACGUGCACGAGUUGUUGAGGCAGGGAGGGAUGGUACCGGAUACGAAUUACAUCUUUAUGGGAGACUUUGUGGAUAGAGGGUAUUAUAGCUUGGAGACGUUCUCGCUGUUGAUGGCUUUGAAAGCACGGUAUCCGGACAAGGUGACGUUACUACGAGGGAAUCACGAGAGUCGGCAGAUCACGCAGGUGUACGGGUUUUACGACGAGUGCCAGACAAAGUACGGGAACGCUGCGGUUUGGAAGGCUUGUUGUCAGGUCUUUGACCAUCUCAACCUAGCUGCCAUCAUUGAUGGACAAGUACUCUGUGUGCAUGGGGGUCUUUCUCCGGAUAUCCGGACGAUUGAUCAGGUCAGGGUCAUUGCACGAAUGCAAGAGGUCCCACACGAGGGAGCGUUCUGUGAUCUGAUGUGGUCAGAUCCAGACGACAUAGAUACGUGGUCGGUCAGCCCAAGAGGAGCUGGUUGGCUGUUCGGAGCUCAGGUUACGCACGAAUUCAACCACAUCAACGGCAUCUCGCUCAUCGCUCGAGCACAUCAACUGGUACAAGAAGGUUACAAGCACAUGUUCGACGAUGCCCUGGUGACCGUCUGGUCGGCUCCCAAUUAUUGUUACCGGUGUGGAAACUCGGCCAGUAUCAUGGAGGUCAAGGAGGACGGCAAGACAGAAUUCAAGGUGUAUAUGGCUGCCGAAGAGAACGAUCGGGAUCCCAAAAACGAGGCGGCGAGACGGGGCAUGCCGUCGUACUUUGUGUGAUCAAACGGGCGUAAGGGAGGAAGUAAGGAAGGAGGAAGGCACCACUUGUAUCAUAUCUUGGACGAUAUUUGGCAUAGAUCCGUCCGAACGUUGUAUAUACCAUGGGGAUCCAUACUUGCUCACCGGUCAUCUUGCGGGGUCUGACCUCACGCGAGUCGAGCGAGCUCCCGCCGAUCUAGGUGAACCAUGUAUCCACGACCCCUAUCGACGGCGAGUCUCUUGCGGUGCCCUUGUCGUGCUAGC